AUGACAGGGAUGGACGAUUUGGAGGUGAUGGCGCACAUGUCCCACGUGUACGACAUGUGUUUCAUGCCACCGCCGGAGCGGGAUGCGUACGAGCCCCCGCUUUUGGUGGUGCUGCAUAAGCUGGAACGCUCCGGCGGCAUCAGCUUCACCCUGGACUGUCUGGCCCUGGAGCUGAAGCUCGGAGGGGAGAAAAGGGCAGGGGGAGGGGCGAAAGGUGCGAAAGGCGGCGAGGGAAAGAAGGCGGCGGCGGCGGCGGCGGCGGUGGCGGCAGCUGCCGCGGGCGGCAGUUCUCAAGGCGCUGGCCCAAGCGGCGGCAGCGGCAGCGGCAGCACCCCUGGCGCUGGUGGCGGCGCCGGUGGGGCGUCGGGAUCCGGCGGCGCCGCUGGUCCCAGCACGUCGGCCGCCGCCGCCGCCGCUCAGGCCGCGUCCAAGCGUCCGGCGGUUGCAUCGGCUGGUGGCGAGGGCAGUGCGGAUGACUCCGUGCCGCUGCGUGCGGAGCUCUCGAGGGGUCCGUGGGUGGCCAGGUUCCUGCACCCCACCACCACCGUCAUCACGCCCUUCCCGGGAGUCCCCGCCGCCGGACUUCCCGCCGGUGUUGUCGCCGUCAGCAGCGUCGGCGCGACGCUGUAUUCCAGGCCGCCGACCCUCGGGCCAAUCCUGCUCGCCGCAGCGACGGCGGAAGCGGCGGCACGACGCGCCGCGGCGGAGGACCCCGGGCCGCCGCUGGGCGACUUUUCGACACUCGAUCCGUUCGACACCGCUGCGGUGAGUGCGCUGUUCGACCGCUGGUUCGGCAAGGACUUUCUGGAGGAUGCUGCAAUCGAGUUCGCGGAGGCGGAGGGGACUGUACGACAGAUUCAGUUGGUGUCGUACGCGCUGGAGGGGAUGCCGUUGACGGCGGAGCAUCUGGCUCCCGGCGUGCUGUUAAUCGGUGACGGCGCGGCAGGCUUGACCCUGCUACACACUGCGGGUCGCCAGCCCUGGGCCGCCCGGGUGCUGCCCGACCUGCCGGGGCCCCCCCCGCGGCCGCCACCCGCCAUGCCCAAGGCAAUCGCCUACCUACCCAGAGCGGCGGCGGUGCGGGAAACCGCCGCCGCCGCCGCUGCUGGUGCCGGUACUGGUGCGGCCGCCGCCGCCGCCACCGCCGCCGCCCGUGGCGGCAGCAGUGGCAGCGUUAUGGGUAAGGGGGCUUCUGAGGCCGAUUUGGGGCUUAUGGUUUCGGAGCCAGAGCCGUACGGGCUGCUGUUUGUGGGCAGUGACUGCAGCAGCGCCCAGGUCAUGUGCGUUCCCGAGGCCUAUCUCUCACCUUCUGCUGAGCCGCCGCCGCCGCCACCACCGCCGCCGCAGCAGCAGCAGCAGCAACCGCAGCAGCAACCGCCCGCCACAGCAGCCUCUGCAAAGGACUUGAAAACGGCGGGAAAGGCGGAAGCCACAGGAAAGGCGGUCGGGAAGGGUAAAGCAGGGACCGGAGGGGUCAAUGGGGCUGGAAAAGGGAGGGAAGAUGGGCAGCAACAAAAGCAGAAGCCGGAACCGCAGUCGGCGACGGCGGGUGGGAGUGCGGCGGGUGGGAGUGCGGCGGUGGCGGGUGAGGAGGCGAAGGCUGAGGGUGAGGAUGCGGAAGGUGACGUCGAUGAGCUGCCGCCUCCACUACCUGAACUGCGGUGGCCGGUGUCGGAACUGGCGGUCAUUAAGAGCCUGGCGCCCGUGACGGAUGUGGCGGUGGUGCCGGACACAUCAGGUGAAUGGGUGAGGCCCUAUCCCGCCGCCUUACCUCCCCCCUCCGCCAUCAUCUCGAGGUCAGCUCCUUCAAAACCGCCUACUGGAGCUGACGACCCGUGGCUGGUCGCCUGCUGCGGCCGCAAUGCCGCUGGACGGCUGGUGCGAGCUCGGCUGGCUGCGGGGAUGCAGCCGUACAUGUCGGAUGGACCCCGGGUGCCGCUGUGUAAGGGUAUGAGUCUGCCCCGGCAGAGCUUUGAGGCCGCUGGUCGCACUGACUUGCUUUGUGUGGCGGGGCCUACGGGGCCGGGAGCUGGGGGGGCGGCGGCCGGCGGCGAGUUCACUCAGGUGGAGCUGCCGGGACUGAACCACGGGUCGGCGUCACUGCUGUUGGCUGACGUGGCAGGGAGGCGGCUGGUGCAAGUUAUGCAGCAGCUUCACUCGUUCGUGUCGGGCAUUCGGGUACUAAAGCCGCUGCAGGAGGGCGGGCAUUUGGGAGCUGAGUGGCCGGCGCCGGAGCCACUUUCCUUGGCGGCGCACAGCGGCUGCAUCCUGGCCGCUGCCAGCCGCAACCGUCUGCACCUGCUGCGGAUCGAUCCGGGGACCGGUGUCGUCACAACGCUCUCCGAAAUAAAGCAGCUGCCCGCGCAGCUCUCGGCUCUGGCGCUAUACCGUCUACCGCCGCCGCAGCAGCACCUGGCGAUACGCAAGUCGGCCACCACCGAGCCGUCAGCGGCGGAGGCGAUGGCGGAGGCUGAUGCGACGUUCGUACUGAUGGGCUACUGGCUGACGAAUCGCGUAGAAGUAGCAGCUGUAGCAGACCCGUCCCGGCUGCUGCUUGAGCUUCAGCUAGCAGAGGACGAGACGCCGCGAUCGUUAGCGGUUUUGGAGCUGCCGUCGCCUUUCACCGCCGUCGCCGCCGCCGCGGCAGUACGGCCGCCAGUGUUGCUGGCGGGUACCCACACCGGCCGACUGCUGAUGUGGCAGCUGGCGGAGGCGCCGGUGGCCUCACCUACGCGGCAGUGGCGGCUGGGGCCGUGCUACAGCCUGCGUGUGAGUCAGGUCCCAGUAGAGCUACAGCCCGUUCCGGGAUUAGGACCGGCGCCGGUUGUACGGCCGCGCAGCAGCGGCGGCGCCGGUGGCUACGUCGGCAGUAGCACCAGCGGCGGCGGCGGUGGCGGAGGCUACGUGUAUGUGCACUCGCACUCAGGCGCGAUUGUGCGACCCCGACUGCAGGCGGCCGCCGCGACCGUCGCCGCUGCGGCGGCGGCGGCUCCGCCGCCGCCACUGGAGCAGCUAGUAGAAGUCGUACGGGUGCACGGUUCGGAGGGUCUUCAGGCGGUUUGCCACGUCAGCACCGUCGCCAUGCCGGACAGCGCCUGCUGGGUUACACGCGAGGGGCAGCUGCUGUUCGGGCGGAUCGACCCACGGGUCCGUUUGAGGUGGAGCACCGCUUUCGUCGGCGAGACAAUCCAUUCUUUCGCCUACCACGCCGCCAGCCAAUGCCUCGUGGCGCUGUGCGAGUCGUAUCCCACGGGGGAGAACUCCCUCCGCGUCAUCGAGGUCAACUCCAUGCUGCAAGUCAUGUCCAUGCGCCUGGCGUACGGCCACUUCCACACCGCCGUCACAGUCGGGCCGCUGCCGUGCACCACGGGCAGGAAGGCAGCGGCGGCCCGGCGGCGGCGUGGAGGCGGCGGCAGCGGCGCCGCUGCGCGGACCGCCGGCGGCGCCGCCGCCGCUGCCGCCGCCGCCUCCACGGCGGCUGCCGAACCGGAAAAGGAGUUUGUCGUCUUAGCGUCGUACCUGUCGCUGGACUCUUCCUGCGAUCCGGAGGUCAGCAAGCACGUGGAGGGCGUGGAGCUGCUGUACGGCACCCUGACCUUCAUGGAACUGGUCGCCAAACCAGCGCCCGAUGGCUCCAACGCCACACAGUACUCAUUGCUGUUGCAAGGCUCAUCUCUAGUUCCUAGCGUGCCAACUUCCCUGGCUAUCGCUUGUCCAUCGUCGUACGCCCCGCCAGCCGCUACCGGCGCCGGCGUCGCACCCCCCGGCGCCGGCGGCAGCCUGCUGCCCGCCAAGGCUGCGGCUCCGGCGGCGGCAGCGCCGCCAACGGCGGCAGCCGACGGCGCCGCUGGCAGCGGCGGCGGCAACAGCAACCUGGCGGACAUGCCGUACCUGCUGGCAGGGUGCCAGGGCCGUGUGUAUCUGUACCAGGUGUAUGUGGACGACGGACGUCACCGCGGCGACCGAGCUGUCAGAAGGGCCUUACAGCUGGUCGGCCAGAUGGACGAGCUGAACUUGCCGCUACCACAAAACUACGCGGAGGUUCAAGCAGGGCUGCAAGAAGUUGACAGGCUCAUAAAGAAGCGGGCGGCGGAGGAGGCCAAGGAGGCGGCCAAGGAGGCGGCCGCCGCCGCUGCCGCUGCGGCGGCUGGCGGCAGUGGCGACACGGCCGGCGGCCCUGACGUCAUCAUGAAUACGGAGGGAGCCGGCGGCGGUGAAGAUGAGGAGCUGGCGGAGGACGAGUCAGGUAGCGCGGGUCAGGUAGCCGGUGGUGGUGGCUGCGGCACCGAGCUCCCGGGCCCCCAGGUGAACUGGGAGGAGCGGCUCAAGGCGCUGGAGGAGGAGGAGAAGGAGGAGAACAUAGAGCACAAGUACGGACUGGGCUUGCUGGUGCAGCCGGACAGCGACGACGAAGAGUACUUCCGACAGUGGGUCCAGGCGCAGGGGCUGGAGGGGGAGCAGGCCAAAGAGGCGGCGACGGAGGCGGCGAGAACCGUCAAGAUGCUACGGAAACGAUUGGAGCUCCUUCGCGACCUGGACCGCGACUGGAGCCAGCACGUGACCGUACGGGAGGUGGAUGUCGCGGAGACGUUCAGUGGCGCGAUAGGGCCCGGGCCGAGUAGUACGAGCGAUGGCGGUGGUGGUGGUGGUGGCGGUGGCGGUGGCGGCUCGCUGGUGCUUGCGAGUGACUACCUGGGCAGUGUGACGGUGAUGCGGCUGGUGGCCAAUUCCCGGGGUGCGGCCCUCAUCUCCUGCGCGGCUGACAGACACCCCGUAUACGCUCAGGCGGCUGCAUGGUUGGAUCCGGAUCACAUAUUGGUUGCCGUACAUCCCCACGGCUUGGCGGUGCUGCGUCGCGAUGCGGCGGCGGAGGAGGAGGUCAUGAGGGCUGCUCAGAGGCAGGCGGUGGCGGACUUCGAAGCGGGAAUCAACCGGCAGCGGCAGCAUCAGACCGUCGAGCAGGUCUGGGAGACGGGGUCGGCGGCGGCUGGCCCCGCCAGGCCCGGGGGCCCCCGGGGCGCGGGGGCUGCUGGGGCCGCCGCCAGCAGCGGCAGCGGCGCCGGCGCUGGGCCCAGCGCUGCCGGCACAAGCGGCGCCAGCACUGCCCGAUUCUCCCUGGACGACCUGCGGUUGCUGAAGCCGCGUUUGGAAGCUACUCCGGGAUUGAGUUUGGAAGCAGCGUGUCGAGUGCGCCAGCUGGUCACCCGCAUGUGCAGGGCGAGGCUGGGUCUUAGGCUGCAACCCCACCCGCACCCCCACUCCCACUACCACUCCCACUCCCGCCCACAACAAGCAGAAGAACAAGCACAAGAACAGAGGCAACAGAAACAGCAGCAACCCGCAACUGCGCCACGCUUACCACCCAUAGCUUCUUCGGGUGCAGCGCUCAGCAGCAAGACGGGGCAAGGUCCACAGCUCGACGGCCCCGGCGUACAACAGCACCACCACCACCACCACCACCACGACAUCGUUCAUUGGGAUCCAAGGGACUUGCUACUCUGCUUCAGCAAUGGCGGCCAUGUCGCCGCCGUGCGGCUGCAGCAGCAAGUCCCAGCCGUGAUGGCAAUGGCGGCGGCAGCGCCGCCUCCUCCGUUGGCCAAAUUGGCUCGGCUGCAGCACGCCGUAUCGUCGCUCGACCCCACUGAUACAGCCCUGCUUACCGGUGUUGACUCGGUUAGCUACAGCCUCAGCUACAGCUGGCCGCUGGUGGUGCCGAGAGAGACGGCGGUGGGGGCGGGACUGGCAGGUUUUGGCAGUAGCUCCAUCGCUGAUGAAGCCGGUACACGGCGGCGUGCAGCACCGGCGUCGGCGCGGCCGCUGUCAGCAUCGGCGUCGGCGACAGCCGCCGGCUCAUCUUCCCGGGCGGAUGGCUCCGCGGCGGCGGCGGUGGACGAGGUAAUGGCGUCGGAGCCGGAGGCGGAGGCGUUGGCUGCAGGCUGUGUGGAUGGUACGGUGUUGCGGGUGCUGCUGGCGGCAGCGGAGGCGCAACUUCAGAGGGACGCGGAGGCUGAGGCGGCGGCGGCAGGGACCGGCGGUGGUGCUGGUGGUGAUGGUAGCGGCGGCGGAGGCGGAGGCGGCAUGAUGGGUUUGAGCAGGAGGUUGGGGAGCGCUAGCGGAGGUGGUCGUGUGGCUUCACUGCUGCGGCGGUUGGCUCGGGAGGUGACGGGGCUGGCUGAUUUGGGUUCGCUGGUUGUGUUGUUGCAGCGGAGCAGCGUUGCCGGUAUGAGCUGA